GCGUGGCACAGCAGGUGUGAGGCUCAGUUCCAAGCCUGCAUCAGCAGGCAUCUGGAACGGUCACCCGCUUCGAGGUGAUUGCCGAGAUGAAAUGCGCGUAAUUGGAAUCUCAAUCUAUCUCUGUUGUCACAACGCCUCGAUCUCCAGCUCCCAGAUCAAGAUCUCAAGCUGGGUCACAUUGCAGCUUCUGUGGGGCUGCGACGUCCUCUCCACCAAUCUGUUCGAAGCACCACCUGCUGGGAAGCUUGGUAAGAUGCUGAGCGUACAGGGGCCCCUCAGGGGCCAUGCCGCAUCUGAACACAGCGUUCACAGUAUCUCCAACGGAAGAGCUUCACGAUACUUGGAUUCCGCCAUUCUCUAGGCAGAGUGCAAGGCAGACUGCGUAUAAUCAUGGGAAGGAUGCAUUUGGGACUUUGGCGAUGGUCGGAGGACGCUGUGCCAAUGAAUUUGCGGAGUCGCGCUUUGCCCCUCUCUCCAAUCCGCUUCCGGCCAGUGGACGACGAUUUUUUGUUCUUCCGCAGGGUCAGGACCGCCUCCAAUCACGCAUUCUAGGCCCUUCGACCGCAGAGAUUUGCUGCCGAGUUGGCAACUUCUCCAAGCUCUCGAACGCUGCUCUGAUACUAGUCCUCCCCUCCCAAAUCCUACGCCACGAGCGAGCUCGCGAACCUGGACUGGCAUUUACUCCGCGAGCCAAGUCAAACUGCAUUCGUGGCCCAACCGAAACUGCUUCUUUCGACGAAGGCUCCAGAACGUGAUUCAGCUGCUCUUUACUCCAAAAUUGUCCAGUCCUCGCGUGCCCUUUCAUGCACGUCCUCAAGGUCAGUCCUUGACGAUCACAGUGCCAUACACACAUCACUGACGAGAGCAGCAAAGCUCCCAACACCAACGUUCCCCCGUCAAUCCUCUACAACGCGUCGACUUGCGAUCAGAAGGCC